AUGUAUAUUGGACCUUUUGAGGAUGUCAAGAAGGUUGGGAAGGUAGCUUAUCGAUUGAACUUACCAGUGCGGUGGGGGCAUGUUCACAAUGUGUUCCAUGUGUCGAUGCUGAGGAAGUACACUCCAGACCCAUCACACAUCAUUGAGUAUGAGGCUAUCCUUCUACAAGAGGACAUGACAUAUGAAGAGCAACCUAUCAGAAUUAUGGCUAGAGAGUUAAAGGUGCUAAGGAACAAAGAGAUUCCAGUAGUCAAGGUCUUUAGGCAGAACCAUAUGGAAGACGAGGCUGCUUGGGAGUUAGAGUCACAGAUGUAUGAGAAGUAUCCUCAUUUGUUUUAUUUUAAGCUUGAUGUUGUACUUUGA